AUGACACCCAUUGAUCCAAUGGUUCCCUUGAGGGCACCGGGUUAUAUUGAGGGUGAGGGUGAGAUUGAGAUCGAGGGUGAGAUUGAGAUCGAGGGUAAGAUUGAGACCGAGGGUGAGAUUGAGGGUGAGAUCGAGGGUGAGAUUGAGAUCGAGGGUGAGAUCGAGGGUGAGACCGAGGGUGAGAUCGAGGGUGAGAUCGAGGGUGAGAUCGAGAUCGAGGGUGAGAUUGAGAUCGAGAUCAUGGGUGAGAUUAAGGGUGAGAUCGAGAUUAAGGGUGAGAUUGAGAUCGAGAUCAUUGGUGAGAUUAAGGGUGAGAUCGAGAUCAUUGGUGAGAUUAAGGGUGAGAUCGAGAUUAAGGGUGAGAUUGAGAUCGAGAUCAUUGGUGAGAUUAAGGGUGAGAUCGAGAUCAUGGGUGAGACUGAGAUCGAGAUCAUGGGUGAGAUUGAGAUCGAGGGUGAGAUUGAGAUCGAGGGUGAGAUUGAGGGUGAGGGUGAGAUUGAGGGUGAGGGUGAGAUUGAGAUCGAGGGUGAGAUUGAGAUCGAGGGUAAGAUUGAGACCGAGGGUGAGAUUGAGGGUGAGAUCGAGGGUGAGAUUGAGAUCGAGGGUGAGAUCGAGGGUGAGACCGAGGGUGAGAUCGAGGGUGAGAUCGAGGGUGAGAUCGAGAUCGAGGGUGAGAUUGAGAUCGAGAUCAUGGGUGAGAUUAAGGGUGAGAUCGAGAUUAAGGGUGAGAUUGAGAUCGAGAUCAUGGGUGAGAUUGAGAUCGAGAUCAUGGGUGAGAUUAAGGGUGAGAUCGAGAUUAAGGGUGAGAUUGAGAUCGAGAUCAUUGGUGAGAUUAAGGGUGAGAUCGAGAUUAAGAUUGAGAUCGAGAUCGAGGGUGAGAUCGAGAUCGAGGGUGAGAUCGAGAUCGAGAUCGAGGGUGAGACCGAGGGUGAGAUUGAGGAUGAGGGUGAGAUUGAGAUCGAGAUCGAGAUUGAGGGUCAUCUGGUGCUCACUCAUAAGGUGGCACAGGCAAAGCUGUACUUGAAUGUUCUGGGAGACCCGAGGCACCCUUUGCAUGACAACCUGGCCAGCAUCAAAGGAAACAGGAUCAAACGGGGCAGCUCAUGGAUGGCAGAAGCCGAAGACUCCUUGAGGAAAACGCAGCUUGUGGAUCAAAUAAGGCCCCAUUUUUACAGAGAUAUCGCUUUCAUGCUCACAAGUGAACUUUUACUUGAGGAAAGUUAG